AUGAUUGCCACCGGGGGUGUGAUCACAGGCCUCGCCGCCCUUAAAAGGCAAGACUCCGCCCGCUCCCAGUACCACCUGCCCAUCCAGAGCACCGCCCCACCUCCGGAAAAGAAGAAGACCAAACGCAAGCCCCGAGCUGACGUGGUGGUGGUCCGAGGGAAGAUCCGCCUCUACUCGGCCUCUGGGUUUUUCUUGGUUCUGGGAGUUCUGAUUCUGAUGGUGGGCAUUGCCAUGGCAGUGCUUGGGUACUGGCCUCACAAGGACAACCAGAGGGUGGCAGAGAGCAAGCUGUCGUCCAACGAGACGCAGGCUGGCACUUUAGCACAGUUCUUCGAGCAGCACCUGCAUUCGGAGAAGAUGAAGAUGCUCGGGCCGUUCACCAUGGGCAUUGGUAUCUUCAUCUUCAUCUGCGCCAACGCCAUCCUACACGAAAACAGAGACCGCGAGACCAAGGUCAUACACAUGAGGGACAUGUACUCCACCGUCAUUGACAUCCACAGCCUCAGGAUACAAGAGCACAAGUGUAUGAACGGAGCUUUUGCAGGGCCUUACGGGGAGCAUGAAGUCAGGACUUACGAAAACCAGUCUGCCUCCAAACUGGCCGCCAACACGCUCCUCACGUUCUCUGGACUGGGCAGCAGGGAAGUCCAUCUCUCGCGCAGAACCAGCUCGGCCGAGGAUGAAGAAAGCCUGAUGGGUGAGGCCAAAGGUGGCUCUGGCCUGCUCUCGCCAGGUUACAGAGAACGUUCCGGAUCUAUCUUUGGGUUCCAGCCGGAAGGCACGGGACGGGACGACAGGGGCGGCGUGUUGAAGAAGUGCCAGACACGUUCCAUCGUCUCAUCGUCCAUCAGCGCCUUCACUCUGCCCGUAAUCAAACUCAACAACUGUGUCAUCGAUGAACCUGACAUCGACAACAUCACCGAAGAUUCCGAGCACAACCGAGAACAUUCCAGACCUCCGUCCAUGGAGUCCCUAGCUGUGCCUGUUCCCGCUGACAUCGCCAAAGCCUACAAACCUCCUGGAGCCGUUUUACUGAGGAGCAGCUCAGCCACCGAGUCCCACUCCUCUUCCUCGCGCUCAUCCCUCUCUCCCGGCUCCUCCAGCAGCCGGUUCCUCUCCCCCGGAGCUGCUCGUAAAGAUUUCGGAUCCAACAACUCCCUACACAUGCUCUCGGCCCAUUCCAAGUCUCUAGACCUGGACCGAGGCCCAUGCACCCUGAAGGUCCAGCCAGAACAGCGAAAGCAUCCCAGCUGGCCCAGACUGGACCGCAGUAACAGUAAAGGCUACACCAAACUAGAGAAUAAGGAGGACCCCAUGGAUCGGCUACUGGUACCACAAGCGACAGCCAAACGAGAUUACACCAAGAAAGAGAAGCUGCUGAUGAUCUCCAGGUCCCAUAACAACCUGAGCUUUGAGCAUGAUGAAUUUAUGAGUAGCACUCUAAAGAGGGGGACCUCAGAGACCAGGUUUUAGUCAAUUUCCUUCAAGGUUCUUUCACACAUAUUCAUAACA